AAGAGGCGGCUGGCACCGAUAGAAUGGAACUUAAGUUCAAGGUGGAGGCCGAGAGAAGCUCGCGCAUAAAGCUGUUUGUUCAAGGGGGGAGGAAGAUCAUGCUCGACGCUCUCUCGCAGAAGCUGGAUUCCACCGAGAGAAUCUAUUUCAUCGAUCCAAGGUCGCUGCUCUUGAGUGGAAUCGUGUUGGGUGACGCGAAUUCUCUCGUGCAAAAAGGAAACUGGCUGGGACAAGCAGUGGCAGUGAAGAAGUGUGGCGAUGGUUUUCGCUACUGCAGAGAGGCCGGGGUCUUCCAGCACUUCCAGCCGUCCCACCCGAACGUGAUACAAGUCUUGGGAGAGUCCGAGGUUCCGGAAACAAAGGAGAAACUCCUCGUCAUGGAGGAGAAGAACAGCGAUCUAAAGAGAUACUUUCACUCUUCCGGCCCGAUCACGCAACUUCAAGCGGUGGACUUUCUGAUCCAGAUCGCUGGUGCGAUGGUUUACCUGCACGGCAAAGGCGUUUGCUACCGAGACCUCAAGCUCGAGAACAUCAUGAUCGACGUCCAGUAUCUGGAGCUCACUUUGGCGGACUUUGGCCACUCAAAGCCACGCUUUGAUCCUCUGGGAGACAACACUUGUCCCGUUGGAACUGUCAGCUACAUGGCCCCGGAAGUUCUCGCUGGGAUAACCUCCGGACAGGAUCCCGGCUAUGGCUUCAGCGUGGACGUCUUCAGCUUUGGGAUCGCUUGCUCCGAGAUUGUGUCUGGACAGCCUCUGGAGCUGACGGUCCCUCUAACAAGGGAGGAACGAAUCGAGCGAUUGCGGCGCGGAGAGAGACCUUCGCUUCCAGAGUCUUGCCACCAGAAGCUCAAGAAGCUCAUCACGCAGUGCUGGGAUUUUUCGCCGAAGAACCGACCGACUUUCGAGGUGAUCUACGAGAAACUCUGGGAGAUCAAAGAAGAGCUCUUGGCUGGAAGCCCCGCUAGCACGGACCCGGGAGAAGCUGCGCCGGCCUCUGAGAUCCAAGCCGCUGGGAUCCAAAACCUGGCAAUCACUGGAGCAAACACGGUGGGAAGCAAAUCGACAGCAACUUGGCAGUACGUGAACGACACGAGCUUCUGCGUGGUUGGGUGGCAAAGAUACAGAGAUCUAGAGUCCGAGGAGCCCCAGCUAUCCUGGAAAGUCUCGCUCACAUCAGGGACUUCGAGCGAUUACACCAUCACUCCCGACGAUCUCGACCGGCACGUUGGCGUGAUUUGCUUGCCGCUGGCUCUGGUCGAUGGGAAGAUCGUGCCAAGGCAACAGGCUCGCUUCACUCACGGAGCUCUCGUCUCGCAAGAUCCGGCGAUGGCGAGGGAGAUGGAGAGGCACUUGAGGAAGGAACACGUUGCUUUCGACAUCACCGUCGACCGCCGGAAGAUCAAGCUCAACCUCUGCCACACCGACUACCAUCUCGUGUGGCAUAUGGGAAGCACCAAGAACUUCCGCGGCCAGUUUGUUCGUGGAGACGUGAGCGUCGAGGUGGUGGGCGAUUGCUCCAUGGUGAUCUCCAAGGCCAGCCAGAGCCAGAGAAGCACGAUCGACUUCAAGGAUUCUUACAGGAGGAACUUAGCAGUGCUUCUGAUUCGCCAUUUUUUGGAAUCCAGUCCUUCCCAAAAUGGAUUGGACCACAUUCCAACCCGGAAUACUUGGUAGGAUAGAGACUAUAUCGAUGUAAAUGAUCUUUAUAUUGGAUGUAAAAAUCAGGGAAUGACAAUGACAAUAGAAAGAACAAAAUGACAAUAGAAA